UAUUUGAAUACAUAUCAAUCCGAUGAAAAACGGAGUCAGUUUUCUUUUGAUAUAAUCUUUUCGGGAUUCUAAAAAAGACAUUACUAAGAUGCAUUGUUACCGGAUUUUGAUGAAGUUUAUACAAAUAGAUGUACUGGUGAUCUUGAUAAGCCUAAAACAAGGAAAUGGAAACUACAUAGGCACGCGUGGUCGCGAAUAUCCUUCGCAAAGAAAUGCGAAUAAUAAUAACGGCGUUAAAAGUGAAGACUCGUCAACCGUAGUGAAUUCCGGCGGAGUGAGGGCGGUCGGGGAAGUGUUUGUACCAAAAACAUUUUCUCUUAGCGCACAAGAGCCAACAUGCGAACAGCUUCGUGCUAUGUGGAUAUUUUCAAAAAGGCAAUCUCGAGCUGCUGAAAUAACAAAUGAAAUACCAACAUAUCGUGACCCCUUUACGUAUAAUGUUUGGGAUCCCCUUUAUUCUAACUCACGAGUUCUGGGAUCAAUUAGGAUGAGCGCAAGAGAACGAGCCCGUUCCCCUGUGUUUGGUCGUGUUGUGAGCCGAGAACCAAUUACGCCGCAACGCAUGACCUUUGAGCAGCGUCAGCGAUUUGUAGAUCUCGGAUCAAGUGGCAAUGGCGGCCCAAUCCAAGCUCGUUUCUAUGGGUCUGAAGGGCGUCCGCAAAAUGCAGGCACACGUAGGUCAAGUAAAAAUCGAUACAUGGGAGUUCCCAAUGGAACGGGAGCUAGUUUGACCGGAAACCAAAACUCGGUUGCUGUACAGGGCAGCUUUCAGAAACUUAAAGAGCUCAUAUGGACGGAACGCGCUAAGGAGUUAACGCAGCAACGCCGAGAUGAGGAGUUAGCGGCACGAGCAGCCGCGCUUAAAGAAAUUGCUAACGGUCAAAACAUUCAAUCGUCAUACAGGCCCCAACCCAUCAGUCCGUCUGAUUCUAUUCUAAUGGAUGAAAAUCGAAGUCCAGAAGGUGGCAGCUAUCAAUAUAGCGACAAUAAUCGCAUGUCAAUUCUAAGCGGGCAAAACCUUGAAAAUAACAAAAAUAAUAAAAACGAACAUAGGAAUCGCGUUCGAGCCACCACACGUCGUAUUGGUAAUUCUAACUUUGCUCUUUACAAUGGUAACGGUAGACAAGCCCAUAAAGAAGCUGAAAGUAUGUUCUCUGGAAAUUACGCUACAGCUCAAUCAGGCCGCGGAUCCCGCAUCCAAAUUCCUGCUACUGAGUUAUUUUCAAGUGAUUUACCAGAUAGAGAUCAUUCUGUUAUUGGAAUUCCAAGGACCUACCCUAUUCGACCAUCCCACUUCAGAGAAAGAAAUCGGUCCUUGCUGAAAGAGCGAACACCCAAUGAACAUUUCCAGCGUUUUAUAAGAGGAUUGAUGACAUGGCCAUUGAAGGAGUCACCAACAGAACUACAAAAAAAUCAAAUAGACUCCAGUGGAAACCAUUUUAACCAAUUGGAUUUACUCGGAUUUCACUCUAAGCCUAUUGAUGUCAACUAUUUAGCUGAUUUAGUGAAUGACAGUCAGUUAAAUUUCCUAACGCAACAAAUACCAAAAACUGAACAACUCGAAAACGAAUUCUCUGAAUACGUCAGUUAUUAGUAUCAUUUUUUUCAACCGGUGGCAUUGACUACACUGAAAAUACUUUAACAAAUUUAAUUUGGUCCUUUACGUAAUUAACAAGAUUUUGUUUACUUAAAUAUGUAUAUCGACUCUGCACAAUAUUUACAGUACGAGUUGGCAACAACUUUCUUUUAAGUGUGAAAAUCGUCUUCUG